GGCCGCCGUUUGAAACGAGGGUCGCACGUUAUCGGGAAAGCUGCGGAAGCGCGCGGUACACGGGCGCUUUUCAGGUCUGGUGGGGUUCCAGGACUGAACCUGGUCUUGGAUCCCCCCCAGGGAUGGACUGCGUGUGGCGUUCGUGGGACGGGAACGACUUCAAAGAGAAACAGCCUCAGCCGCCGCCUUGUCCCGAGAGCAUCGUGGUCUCCUGGCUGAGCCGGGCUGAAUGGGAUCAAGUGACGGUUUAUCUGUUCUGCGAUGAUCAGAAAUUGCAGCAGUACGCGCUGAACCGUAUUACGGUGUGGCGGAGCAGGUUAGGCAACGACCUGCCCCUGGCAGUGGCUUCUACUGCUGACCUGGUACGCUGUAAGCUCAUGGAUGUAGCUGGUGGCUUGGGCACCGAUGAACUUAGACUGCUCUAUGGCAUGGCAUUGGUCAGGUUUGUGAAUCUUAUCUCAGAGAGGAAGACCAAAUGUUCUAACCUCCCCCUCAAGUACCUGGCUCAGGAGGUGAACAUUCCAGACUGGAUUGUUGAACUUCGCCACAAGUUGACCCACAAGAAAAUGCCCCAUAUAAACGACUGCCGCAGAGGUUGCUACUUUGUCCUGAAUUGGCUCCAGAAGACGUACUGGAGCCGUCAACUGGAGGAUACCCUGAAAGAGACCUGGGAGUUGGAAGACGACCAGAUAGAGCCAGAAGAACACCAAGAAGUGGAAGGUGAAACUAUUGUUGAUGUUGUAGUAGAAGUAGAAGCAGAAGCAGAGCCAGAGCCAGAGCCUCAGGAGGAUGACAAAGAUGAAGAGCUGCCUGUUGAGGACAAUGUGAACGAUAAAGACAAGAAAGAGGCAGAUUCUCCUCCAGAACCCAGUCCAAGAUAUAAAGAGCUGUACGAAAAAGCACGGGAAUUGCUGGUAUCAUAUGAAGAGGAGCAGUUUAAGGUGCUGGAGAAAUACAGGCAUUUACCUCAGGCUGUUAAGGUGUGGAACAACCUUUCUCCGUGUGUACAAUGUAUCCUGGAAGAAAUCAAAAGCAUUACAUGGGAGAACAGGGAUGCUGUGCUGGAUGCUUUUCUGGACGAAGGCUUCCUUAUCCCCACUUUCGAGCAAUUGGCAGCUUUGCAGAUAGAGUAUGAAGAUGGUCAGACUGAGGUCCAGAAAGGGGAAGUUACUGAACCAAAUUCACACAAAAACAUCAACUUGAGUGACGUCUUGGUGCCAAAGCCAUUCUCUCAGUUCUGGCAGCCACUGCUCAGGGGCCUGCACUCCCAGACCUUCACACAGGCCCUGCUGGAGAGGAUGUUCUUUGAGUUGUCUACCUUGGGGAGCACUGGGAUCCGGUCUACCUACAUCCUUAGAUGGACUGUUGAACUGAUCGUGGCCAACACCAAGAUUGGACGGAAUGCCCGGAAGUUUUCUGCAAGCCAGUGGGAAGCAAGAAAGAGCUGGAGGCUGUUCAACUGUUCUGCCUCCCUUGAUUGGCCCCAGGUGGUCGAGUCCUGCUUGGGCUCACCUUGCUGGGCCAGUCCCCAACUCCUUCAGCUAGUCUUCAACGCCAUGGGACAGGUCUUGCCCGAUGGGGAGCAGGAGAAGCUGCUGCGUGUCUGUUCCAUUUAUACUCAGAAUGGAGAGAAUGGUGUGGCAAAGACAAGUGUAGGUUCCUCUUCAGCUGGGAAAAGUCCAUACACAUUGGAUACCUUACAUCAGGACCCAAAACCAUCUGGUGCCAACUGUGAGUCUGAAGAAAAUACUCAACAGAAGGAGCAAGGCAGCCUUAAGGAUGCCAAGCAAGGGGACGAAAAGGAGAAAGAGGAGGAGGAGCAGCAGGAGAAUGAGGUGGAGCAGGAUGAGGAUGAGGAACAGGAGCAAAAGGUCUUUCAAGAUCAGAUGGAGGAAGAUGUAGAGGAAAGUUAUGACUUGAUAGAGGAAGAAGAGGAAAUGGAUGAGGAUGAAGACGACGACGACGAUGAUGAUGAUGAUGACGAAGACGACGAUGACGAUGAAGACAGAAUGGAGAUGGGGGCUUUCUCUCUCAUGAAGGAAUCCUACGAUUUUGAGAAUACUAGGGUCAUGUCCUGGAAAAGGGAAGCUUUGCAGGGUUCAGCAUGGCAACUAAGCUCUGAAGAUGUGCGAUGGGGUGCAUUCCCUAUAGGCCGAAUGCCAGGUCAGACUGACGACCCAACAGAACUUUUGUUGGAUAAUUACGACACCAUGUAUCUUUUGGACCAACCUGUACUCGAGCAGCGGCUAGAAGACCCAAAGUCCAGGAGUAGCACUUUGAGCCUAAGUUGUUGUGGAGGCAGUAGCAACUCUAGCAGCAGCAGCAGCAGCAGCGGCAGCAGCAGCGGCAACUUGGAGGGCCUUCUCUGGAACCAGGGACAAUUGCAUGGGCUCAAAGCUGGCCUGCAGCUCUUCUGAUGACUGUCUUGAUGCAAUUGGCCUUUAAGCCCCGCUAUAUUUCACAGCCCAGAGUCUAUCCAUGGUACAGACUGAACAACCUGGGAAAUAGUUCAGAUCAGCUGUACCAAUUUACCUUUCCACCGCAAUAGAAAUUUGAAUAUUUACCCAGAUUUUCUGUUUUGUUUUGAAAAAUAAUAAACAGAUUUUUUGUCA